GGUGCAGAUCAGUGUGACCCUCGCUCCUGUCGAUUGAUUUUUUGUGUGGGGUGAAAACAGAGAGAAGAAUUAUAUGCGUUCAUUGGUAUCGGUGUACUCUCGUGCGAUUGGGAAGUGAGAGGAAAGUGAAUAAUUAUUAAUGAGCAUAUAUACAAUACAAACAAACAAGUCUAAGAAGAAGGGGCAAGACGCGAAAGAGUACAAUUUGUUGUAUCCAGAGUGUGUGAAGGCUACAAGGCAAACACAGAACUGAUUUAAGAGUACACUCGGACGUUGGUGGUUUAGUGGUUUCAAGCUACGAGCGCCAAUUAGAUAAACCCGUGCGACAUUGGGUGGAUGGUUUAUGUGUGCGUAGCGGAACAUUAUCGAUAAAAUAUUAUAUGCGGACAAAUAGCGAGGUACGCGAAAGCAGCGUGAGCAGCGGCCGUUGUGAGUCAUCGGAUAUUUUCGAACAAGGAAGCAGUUCAGCGUUCAACGAAGCAACAGCUUCUGGUUCAGUUGUCGAGCCGCCGAGAGCCAUCAAGAUUGAUACCAUGGCAGAAGCACAGCGUUUGAUUGGCAUUUCCUUGGCCAAGAUAGCUCAAUCGCGGGUCUGUCGGGGCGGAGUGUCUUUACAUAAAAAUCUACUAGUGGCAACAGUGUUGCAAAAGGCGCGCUACAUAUUCAUGGAAGAAGCUUAUCAUAUUGUGCAUGGGCAUUAUCUUCAGCAGAACAAGUGUAUGGAGCUUGAGAUGGAGAAGCAGCGGAAUGCAGCGGCAGCGGCAGCCGCUGCUGCGGCUUCAGUGAACAAUGUAGAUGACGAAAGUUGUAGUGAAAGUGAAGAUAGCGAUGAGUCUGAAUCAUAUGCAUCAAGUGAAAAUAACGACGAAAGCGAUAGCGAUGACAAGGAAAAUAGUCCGCCCUCGCCUAGUGCCGAUGAUGAAUCGUCGAUGCUGUAUUUUGAUUUGGAUGUGAAAAAGGUGGAAAAAUCAAGUGUCGAAAACAGCAACAAGCGGAGACGUGACGCUACGGAAUGGGAAACCGAUGAAGCUGUUCAAUCUAUUUUACCCAAACGCAUAAAAUCGGAGUCGGCCGGUGAAUCAACCGUUGAGGAGGUUUCGAACAACGAAAGUGCAUCUACGUCGGAAUGUCUCAAUCACCAAGUAGAAGCGGAAGAUUUGUCACGGCAAGGCGACACCACUUUACAGCAUACACCGUCCGUCGAGAGUAUUGAUCGAAUAACUUCGCUGGUUUCAAUAUUCAGCUUUGGCAACCUUAGCCGCUCCGUUUCUACGCCGGAUUUUUGUGCAGCACAAGCAAAAGAUUCUGAGAGCUCGUUGACUCAGCUCCAGCAUACGCAGCGGGGUUAUCUAACUAUGACUGUAUAACUAUUGCUGCAACAAGCUUCAUAUUUCGACGCCAAGUAUUAGCAAUUACAAACUCAUACUCCUGUGAUCCGCGCACAUUGUGAUAUGUUAUGCAGCGGCACUGGCAGGUGCUGCGCUAACUGAACGAUCCAGGACAGCGCACUGUAAGCAUGGUGCUGAGCAAGGUGGCUCGUGAUCUCGUGCGAGAGGUACAAUUUACAUACACCUGACUUCGGCGGUUUUGCACCCGGACUGGUGCUAACCGAGGUAUCAGUGUGGAUCAGUAUCAUCACGGUCAUCGUAUGUCUUGUUCGUGAUACGAACUAGACACCUUGGAAAUCAUUAAUAUUUAUGACGCACCAAGACGAAGUGAUUUGUUGCUAACUUGAAUUCAACGUAUCAACACUGGAUGACUAAUUAGUGACUGUAGUGAGCGGGCAUGUGUCCGAAGAACUAUAAAAAAACACAUUUAAAUCACUAUCUAUUGCAUACCAACUGUUUCUUCUCAACAGUAGCAUUAUUCAAACAGUAAAAUGCAGUUUUACGCAGGCAGGCUUAGUUCACGGCGCAAUUCGCCCAGGGACAUCUAGUUUGUUUAAGGUACAUUGCUAGCAACGAAUAAUUGCGCCUCAAUCUAUUCGCUACAUAUCUGUAGUGUUUCACGCUCUUUCUCAUUCACUCAUUACAACGCCAAUCGAAAAGCGAUUGAGCUAGCAACAUCUAGAACAAUUAACAGCGGUUGAUGAUGUAGACGUCCUAUUAGGCUGUAUAAGUAUGUGAAAUAAAACAAAAUUGAGCUAAAUGCGAUCGAUCAUAAAUAAACAAUUGAGUCUUGUUCACUUUUACAAUGCCGUACCAACGUACCAACUACAGUAAUUUAAACAUAAUCGCGACGACCAAUGCGCAGAAUAAUUUUCACGUCUAUUCAAAAUGUAACUGUUUAAGGACAGCCGAAGAGAAAUGAAGUACAUAAAAAGCAUUUUCACAGUACAACCUACAUAUAACAUACACUAUCUUUCCUCCUUUCUUUCUUUCUCUCUAUCGCCUUCUGAAGUGGUGUACCUCUUUGGCGAUUAUAGACCAAAGGUGAUUGAUGCCGCAGAGUAGGGAAAAAAUGCACAAAAGAGAAAGAGUGCAGACAAGAAGAAGCAUAGUCAUAACUGUUUCGUCUGUACGUCAGCUCCCGUUGAUCGCACGAUAGUCAAACAUAAGCAUUGAUGAGGAAAAACCGCUGCAGAGAGUGUUUUAUUGGCGAGAGUUUGUCCACGAGUUUCGAUAUGAUGCUUCGCCAUCGCUGGCGAUGGUGUUGCUGCCUAUCUUUUUUUUUCUUCUCUCCCCCGUUAAGCGGAGUGCGAUGAACUCGGUUAAGUAACAUCAUGCCUAUUCGAUUUUUUUUUUCGGUGUCAUUAUAAUGGUCCACCGUGCCCAACGUCCGUACGAGACCGUUCGAGGUAUGUCGAAGAUAUAUGGUUUGUCUCACUGCCGUUACUGUUUGCUGGUAAAUAACCCACCCUGCAGCCGAAUGCAUUGCGAAAGUGAAAGUCUAAAUAAGUUCGCCUAUUCGCCUUCGAUUUAGACGUGCAAAUCUCAAACAUAUGUUUUGAACCUGGCAAAAAUACACUCCAAUAAUAUGUAACAUUGAAGAGUAACCCCACUUCACGCGCCGAUAUAUCUCUGUAGUGUGCAAUCAUUCUCACGUAACGUUCUCUGACAUGAAUUCGAACUAGCAAAGGCAGCAACAAAAAAAAAAACAUUUUGUCGAGACUCAAGCGUGCUGGUAGACGAAGCAAUUAUUGACUGAUUAUGUAAAGUGUUUGAGGCUUCGAGCUUCAUUGGAGGUACGACUUUGAAUAAAUCAAAACAAUCCAAUCUGUAUUGAAUUGAGUAUGGUUUCUAUUAAAAAAUACUAAUAAUACAAAAUGCCGAUAGUAGAAUAGAAUUUUUGGCGGAUAACUGAAUUAGUAACAAAAAGGUUAUUCGUGCGAUGAUAAUUAACUUUGAACUUUAUCCUCGUCAAAUAAUAAUUCAUAGUUUUAGCGAGAAUAGUAACGCGGUACUUUAGCUCUGUACUUUUAAAUAGUCUUAAGCGUUAAAAGGUAAUAAUUUAUUCGCUCCGUUUUAGGAGCAUUUAACUUGUAAUAUUUCCAUCUAAAUUCGAUUCAACGUUAACUUAUUGAAUAACUAAAACUGUAAUAUAGUGUAAUAA